GUCGACUUUGCCAAGUCAGGCCUUUAAAGUUGACUGUAAGUCGACUUCGUACAGAUGUCUGCAAGACAUUCUUCAAAUGUCGACUUUGAAACGUCCAGAAGCAGACAUUUUGAAAUCGAUCACUGCAGGCCGUAUGAUAUAUAUAUAAUAUAUUAUUGUCAAAAAGCGCGCGCCAUUCUUGUCGCUGCAGCACAUGCGCACGAUACAGCACAAAUGCCGAUUGCAAAAAUAGCGGGAGUCUGAAAGAUAGCUAUAUAUAUAGAUUAUCAAUUGUUAGAUAGGCGAAAGUGUAAGGGACGAAAGUAUAAAGUGACGUAAAUUGAUUAUAUAUAUUAUAGUGAAACGAUUACAGUGUGAAAGUGAAUUGAGAACCAGUAGAGUGCAACAAUGGUACGUAUUUUUGUGUAAAACCAUUAAAAUUACAGAUGAUUUAAAGUUGAAAUAAUCAUAUAGUCAGAGCCGCGGGUUUUGUAGGUUAUAUUUACUUGUCGUACAUUCACGAUUAGAUUAUUAAAAAGUCUAAAAAUGCCCAAACAAUUUUCUGAGUUGUCGAAACGUCAACAAAACCGGCGAACUUUACUUUCUUACAAAUCGGAUCGUGAAGUCACUUCUCAGCCGGUUUCAUUUGCAAAUGUUGACGGUAACCCAAUCAAUGGUCCAUCAUGUUCAUCGGCUUUCGAAUUUGAAGAACCUGAGAUUGAAGAUGGAAUGAUGGAGACUAAUAAUUUACAUAAUUUACAAUAUGCUUCAUCAGAAAGUGAUAUUAAUCACGACGACAAUGCCAAUAGUAAUUCAUCCUCGGAGACAAGUAUCGUCAAUGAUGAAUUUCGAAUCAAUCCGCAUCCGCAGGAAAAUAUGCAGUUGCCUUUGUCUGAUGAACUGUGCAAAUGGGCAAAUGAUUUUCGUAUUAAUCAAAAUGCAUUAACGUCUUUAUUACAAGUUCUUUUGAGACACGGGCAUAAUGAUUUACCUCGGAAUUCACGAACACUUUUAAACACCCCAAGACCAGGUACUCACAAAAUUAAAACUCUUUCCAAAGAUGAAUAUCUACAUUUAAAAAACAAUGGAUUCUUCAUUAAUGAACAGCCCCGGCAAAUCAAUAUCCGUGCUGUCAUCUGUGAUGCUCCGGCUCGAGCAUACGUUACUUGUACAAAAUCGCAUAAUGGACACUUUGCCUGUGGAAAAUGCACUGUAAGGGGUGAAAGUAUAAAUAAGCGAAUGACUUUUUUGGAUACCAGUGCUCCACUCCGGACUGAUAUUGAUUUCAUUAAUAGGUCGCAACCCGAACAUCACCUUCAAGGUGUUUUCUCGCCAUUUGAACUGAUUUCAGUUCCAAUGGUAAGUAAUUUUCCGGUAGACUACAUGCAUAAUUCCUGUCUUGGUAUUAAUAAGCAACUUCUGAAGUUGUGGAUAGAUAGGUCAAAAACUUCCAGAGUAGUCCAAGCUCAUAUUAACAUUUUGUCGGAUGUACUGAAAACUGUAUCAAAGUGUAUUCCAAUAGAGUUUGCUCGAAAAUUUUUUGAUUUGGAUGAUUAUCUAAGAUGGAAAGCGACUCAACAUCGCACUUUUCUUCUUUAUUUAGGGCUGCUGGUUCUUAGAAAUGUGCUGCCGGAUGAAAAAUAUGUACAUUUUAAUGCUCUGAAUUGUGCAAUGAGAAUUUUAUGUAGCGUUGACGAUUAUGACAGGAACAACGAAUAUGCUCAUGAUCUUCUGGUAUAUUUCGUUCAUACCAUGAGCAUUUUGUAUGAACCACAGAAUGUUACCUACAACAUGCAUAAUUUAAUACAUUUAGCUGCUGAUGCAAAAAGAUUGGGCCCUCUAGAUUCUUUUAGCGCUUUUCCAUUCGAAAAUCAUCUAUUUAUUCUGAAAAAACUUCUCAAAAAGUUUGAUAAACCAUUACAACAGAUCUGUAACAGGUUAGAUGAACAAUCCUUAUUGUUUCCUGCUGAAAAUCAGCGAUUUUAUGAUCAGCAGUAUCCUCAGUUGCAGAAAAAGAUUAAUCAUAAUUUACCAUUAGGUUGCUGUAACGCACACAAACAGAUAAAAUUUUCUUCGUUUGUCUUGACAACGAAAAAAUAUAAUAAUUGCUGUUACGUCGAAGAAAAUAAUGCCACAAGCAUUGUUUGUAUUUCCCAUAUUGGCUAUUAUCGUAAAAUUCCAACGAUUAUCGGACAAAAGUUUACAAAUAUUUCAAUGUUACCUAAUUAUCCCUGCGAUUCAAGAAAUUUAGGAAUAUACGUUGUUACAGACUUAUCGACCUUGCAAAUGUGGCCAGUUUCUUCAAUUAAAAAUAAAGCAUUUCAAAUGGAUUUUGGAAAUAAUUCAACAUACUUAGUAUGGUACGUUGUUAUUGGCAACGACUGGUGCUCUGUAGUUCCCGAAUCAUGGGUCUUUGAAAACGAUGAGUCGACAAUUUGGUGGCCACCGAAAGGUAUCACUGUUACUACAGCAAUAUCAAAGAAACUGCAACCCGAUAGCGACACAUGGACUGUAACUUCAUACAAUAAACUAAUUGGUCCCAUUGAUACCUUUGAAGAAGCUCGGAAAAUCGAGAAGAAAUCAGCAUAUAUUUCAUCGGAUGCUGACACUGAUACCAUGCGUGCUGCAUUUGACGAGCCAUCCAAACGGCCGAAAAAAGCCCGAAAACUCUCUUUCGAUGACUCUGAUACCUCCAAUGAUAGUUCCCAGAUAGACCCGGCUAAAGAAAACGCGUUAGUAAGAGCGAUCCUAGGCACUAAGCUAACCGGGAAGGCCAUGUACGACUUCCAAACUAAGGACAUUCGCUCAUACGCGCAGUUAAAACAGGAGAUAGAAGCGUGCUACUUGGCAAAGCGAAGCGCAGCACAUCUCCAAAACGAACUCUACGCACAGCGGCAAAAGCCCGGCGAGAGUGCGCGCGAUUACGGAACGCGCAUAGAGAAACUAUCAAUUGAAUUUUACCAAGCUAUCAUAGAAGGUAAACCGAGAACAACCGAGCAAAAGCUAGGGGUCCAAGAGACCGUUCAAGGAAUAGCGCUCGAAAUCUUUCAUAUGGGGCUCCGAGAGGAAACGCAAACUAUUGUGCGUUCCCGGAACUACCCGACACUAGAAGAGGCAAUUCUGGGCGCCACAGCGGAAGAAAAGCUAAAGAGGCCUCAGAGUAAAACGAAUUAUAACACUGACCUAAAUGAAAGCGUUGUAUCUGAUAAUAGCCUAGAAAAUCAAUCAGAUCAAUCGUUUGCUGAAAUACAACCUAAAGACACCGACAGUGAAGAAUAUAAAGCGGAACCGCAAACCUGGUUAUAUUCAACCGUUCAGGAGCAAAAAAUAAACAUCGAGUGUAAUAACCAGGCGGAAGAAAAAAUUUCUAUACGCGGAACCGGUAAAAUAACUUUAAUAGGAAAUUGUAAAUUAACUACACCUGACAUUACGCUGACGACACAGCAACAAACUUACACUACUAAUAUACAAACGCAUCUGCCCGAGUUUAACUUAACACUUGUAAAAAACGAACACGUAGAAGAUUAUACGAGACUGCGUGACCAACCACAACUGAAACCUAUAAUUAAAAAUCCGGCAGAAUUACAGAAACUAAGCGUAGAAUUAGACGAAAUAAAUAAGCAAUUAGAUAAUCAGGGAACAUGGAUUACCAAUAAAUACGUAGUGCCUACAGCAGGUGGUGGUAUAAUACUUAAAUAUCAGAGUAUUCUAUUAGCUACAAACGCGUACAAACGCGAUCGCAGCGCGCAGGGUCAAAUAAUGGGUAACAAGGGUCACAAGUAUAAGAAUAUAAUCGCACCUCUGUUACCAGAAGAUGUGAAAAGCGGUAAAAAAAUUGGAAAAGGUAUACCGCUCACCAUGACACUCCUGAAUACAGACAUACUUUAA